UAAAAAUUAUUAACGUUUGCCCAUUGGAUCUUCCUUAUUUGUUGAAGCACCCCGACCAUCGACCACCGACACACUACCGACAGCGAUACAGUAUGAAGAUAUUGGUCACUGGCGCUUCCGGCUACAUUGGAGGAAGACUGUGCCACGCCCUCCUGAGCCAGGGCCACGCAGUCCGGGCCCUCGUCCGACCUACCAGCGACAUCUCUGGCCUUCCAGAUGUUGAGCUCGCUUACGGCGACGUCACCGAUUACCAGUCUCUCCUCGAUGCCUGCUCCGAUUGUAACGUCAUCUUCCACGUAGCAGCCGUUGUCGAACCGUGGCUUCCUGAUCCUUCCAAAUUCUUCUCAGUUAACGUCGGAGGAUUGAAGAACGUGUUGCAAGCAGUUAAAGAGAGUAGAACAGUCGAGAAGAUUAUCUAUACGUCGUCGAUUUUCGCUCUUGGUCCAACCGAUGGGUACAUUGCAGACGAGAAACAAGUACAUCCAGAGAAGUUCUUCUGUUCAGAGUACGAGAGAUCAAAGGCUGCCGCCGAUAAGAUCGCGUUGCAAGCUGCUGCUGAAGGGAUGCCCAUAGUGCCCGUUUAUCCCGGCGUUGUUUACGGCCCAGGAAAACUCACCAAAGGCAAUUUUGUUGCUCAGUUGAUUAUUGAACGGUUUAAUGGGAGAUUACCUGGAUACAUGGGCCCUGGAAAUGAAAAAUUUUCCUUUAGUCAUGUAGAUGAUGUGGUAGAGGGUCAUGUUUCAGCAAUGGAGAAAGGUCGUCCGGGUGAAAGAUACCUACUUACUGGAGAAAAUGCAUCAACGAUGCAUCUUUUCGACAUGGCUGCUAUUAUCACUGAAACUAGAAGGCCUGGAUUUAGAAUUCCAUUGUGGUUGCUUGAUGCUUAUGCCUGGUUGUCGGUUCUUUUUUCUCGAAUAACUGGAAAGGUUCCUCUCGUCAGUCCUCCGGCUGUGCGUAUUCUGAGACAUCAGUGGGCGUAUUCAUGCGAGAAGGCAAAAGCAGAGUUGAAUUAUAAUCCCAGGAGCUUGAAAGAAGGACUAGAAGUGAUGAUUCCUUGGUUGAAGAACUUGGGCGUGAUAACUUACUGAAGGGAAAAAUAUGUUGUUGCUUGCCCAAUUUGGGGAUGGACUGAAGAAACAAAAUAAACGAAAUGCAUCUUACAUGUUCUUGUGCUAAA